AGGCGGCCAGGUGCGCACAAGCCUCGGAGCGGCGCGCACCCCGCGGAUGCCCCGGUCGGGGCCCAGAGAGCACUAGGUAGUUCCAAUUUGCCAGCAGAAUGAACACAGAAAGAGACUCAGAAACAACGUUUGAUGAGGACUUUCAGCCCAACGAUGAAGUGGUUCCCUACAGUGAUGAUGAAACUGAAGACGAACUUGAAGACCAGGGGCCCUCGGUUGAACCAGAACAGAAUCGUAUCAACAGAGAAGCAGAGAGCAAGGGGGAGACGUUCCGAAAAGAUUGCACAUGGCAAGUCAAAGCAAAUGAUCGAAAGUUCCAUGAACAACCUCAUUUUAUGAACACCAAAUUCUUUUGUAUUAAGGAGAGCAAAUAUGCGAGCAAUGCAAUUAAAACAUACAAGUACAAUGGAUUUUCCUUUCUACCCAUGAAUUUGUUUGAGCAGUUUAAGAGAGCAGCCAAUUUCUACUUCCUGAUCCUCCUUAUUUUGCAGGCGAUUCCUCAAAUCUCCACCCUGGCAUGGUAUACCACACUUUUUCCCCUACUUCUGGUGCUGGGCAUCACAGCCAUCAAAGAUCUGGUAGAUGACGUGGCGCGACAUAAAAUGGACAAGGAAAUCAACAACAGGACGUGUGAAGUCAUUAAGGAUGGCAGGUUCAAAAUUAUCAAGUGGAAAGACAUCCAAGUUGGCGAUGUCCUCCGUCUAAAGAAGAAUGAUUUCAUUCCAGCUGACAUCCUGCUGUUGUCCAGCUCGGAGCCUAACAGCCUCUGCUACGUAGAAACGGCCGAGCUGGAUGGAGAAACCAACUUGAAGUUCAAAAUGGCCCUGGAAAUCACAGAUCAGUAUCUCCAAAGAGAAGAUAACUUGGCAACGUUUGAUGGUUUCAUUGAAUGUGAAGAACCAAACAAUCGGUUAGACAAGUUCACGGGAACGCUGUUUUGGAGGAACCGAAGUUUUCCUUUGGACGCUGAUAAAAUCCUGUUACGUGGCUGUGUCAUUAGGAACACCGAUGUCUGCCAUGGCUUGGUCAUUUUUGCAGGUGCUGACACUAAGAUAAUGAAGAACAGUGGGAAGACCAGAUUUAAAAGAACUAAGAUCGAUUACUUGAUGAACUACAUGGUGUACACGAUCAUUAUUUUACUCAUCCUGGUUUCUGCCGGCCUUGCCAUUGGCCAUGCUUACUGGGAAGCACAAGUUGGCAAUUAUUCUUGGUACCUCUAUGAUGGAGAAAAUGCCACACCCUCCUACCGGGGCUUCCUGAAUUUCUGGGGCUACAUCAUUGUGCUGAACACCAUGGUACCCAUCUCUCUCUAUGUCAGUGUGGAAGUGAUCCGUUUGGGACAGAGCCACUUCAUCAAUUGGGACCUGCAGAUGUACUAUGCUGAGAAGGACACGCCUGCAAAGGCGAGGACCACCACGCUGAAUGAGCAGCUGGGGCAGAUUCAUUACAUCUUCUCCGAUAAGACGGGCACGCUCACACAGAAUAUCAUGACCUUCAAAAAGUGCUGCAUUAAUGGGCAAAUCUAUGGAGACCAUCGAGAUGCUUCUCAGCACAGCCACAGCAAAAUAGAGGUCGUGGAUUUCAGCUGGAACACAUUUGCCGAUGGAAAGCUUGCCUUUUACGACCAUUACCUUAUUGAGCAAAUCCAGUCAGGGAAAGAGCCAGAAGUUCGGCAGUUCUUCUUCUUGCUUUCCAUCUGCCAUACAGUCAUGGUGGAAAGAACUGACGGUCAAAUCAACUACCAGGCAGCCUCUCCUGACGAAGGUGCCCUGGUGAAUGCCGCCAGGAACUUUGGCUUUGCCUUCCUCGCCAGGACGCAGAACACCAUCACCGUCAGUGAACUGGGCACAGAAAGGACCUACAGUGUGCUUGCCAUUUUGGACUUCAACAGCGACCGGAAGCGGAUGUCUAUCAUCGUAAGAACCCCGGAAGGCAGCAUCAGGCUGUAUUGUAAAGGUGCGGACACCGUCAUUUAUGAACGACUCCACCGGAUAAAUCCCAUGAGGCAAGAAACGCAGGACGCCCUGGAUAUCUUUGCAAGUGAAACUCUCAGAACCCUGUGCCUGUGCUACAAGGAAAUUGAUGAAAAAGAAUUUGCAGAAUGGAAUAAGAAGUUUAUGGCUGCCAGCGUGGCCUCGACCAACCGGGAUGAAGCUUUGGAUAAAGUGUAUGAGGAGAUUGAGAAGGAUUUGAUUCUCUUGGGAGCUACCGCUAUUGAAGACAAGCUACAGGAUGGAGUUCCAGAAACCAUCUCCAAACUUGCAAAAGCUGACAUUAAGAUCUGGGUGCUCACAGGAGACAAAAAGGAAACUGCGGAAAACAUAGGCUUUGCCUGUGAACUUCUGACAGAAGACACUACUAUCUGCUAUGGGGAGGACAUAAAUUCUCUUCUUCACACCAGGAUGGAGAAUCAAAGAAACAGGGGUGGAGUCUCUGCGAAAUUUGCACCCCCUGUGUAUGAACCCUUUUUUCCACCUGGAGAAAACCGGGCCUUAAUCAUCACUGGCUCUUGGUUGAAUGAAAUCCUUCUGGAGAAAAAGACCAAGAGAAGUAACAUCCUGAAGCUGAAGUUCCCCAGGACGGAAGAAGAGAGGCGGAUGAGGAGCCAGAGUAGGAGAAGGCUGGAAGAGAAGAAAGAGCAGCGGCAGAAGAACUUCGUGGACCUGGCCUGCGAGUGCAGUGCCGUCAUCUGCUGCCGUGUCACCCCCAAGCAGAAGGCCAUGGUGGUAGACCUGGUGAAGAGGUACAAGAAGGCCAUCACACUGGCCAUUGGAGACGGGGCCAAUGAUGUGAACAUGAUCAAAACUGCCCACAUUGGUGUUGGAAUAAGUGGACAAGAAGGAAUGCAAGCUGUUAUGUCCAGUGACUAUUCUUUUGCUCAGUUCAGAUAUCUGCAGAGGUUGCUGCUGGUCCAUGGCCGGUGGUCUUACAUAAGGAUGUGCAAGUUUCUCCGAUACUUCUUUUACAAGAACUUUGCCUUUACUUUAGUUCAUUUCUGGUACUCCUUCUUCAAUGGCUACUCAGCGCAGACGGCCUAUGAGGACUGGUUUAUCACCCUGUACAACGUGCUGUACUCCAGUCUGCCCGUGCUCCUCAUGGGGCUGCUUGAUCAGGAUGUGAGCGACAAACUGAGCCUCCGGUUCCCUGGGUUGUACGUAGUGGGACAAAGAGACCUGCUGUUCAACUACAGGAGAUUCUUUGUCAGUUUGCUGCAUGGGGUCUUAACGUCGAUGGUCCUCUUCUUCAUACCACUUGGUGCUUAUCUGCAAACAGUGGGACAGGACGGAGAGGCACCUUCCGACUACCAGUCUUUCGCCGUCACCAUGGCCUCAGCUCUCGUAAUAACUGUCAACUUUCAGAUCGGCUUGGAUACUUCUUACUGGACUUUUGUGAAUGCCUUUUCGAUUUUUGGAAGCAUUGCAAUAUACUUUGGCAUCAUGUUCGAUUUUCAUAGUGCUGGGAUCCACGUCCUCUUCCCAUCUGCAUUUCAGUUCACAGGUACAGCUUCCAAUGCCCUGAGACAGCCUUAUAUCUGGCUGACCAUCAUCCUGACCGUUGCGGUGUGCUUGUUGCCUGUGGUUGCCGUCCGUUUCUUGUCAAUGACCAUUUGGCCGUCAGAAAGUGAUAAGAUCCAGAAGCACCGGAAGCGAUUGAAGGCUGAAGAGCAGUGGAAACGGCGGCAGAAUGUGUUCCGGAGGGGAGCAUCCUCCAGGCGCUCGGCCUAUGCCUUCUCGCACCAGAGGGGCUACGCGGACCUCAUCUCCUCAGGCCGUAGCAUCCGCAAGAAGCGCUCGCCCCUGGAUGCCAUCAUUGCAGACGGCACGGCUGAGUACCGACGCACAGUGGAGAGCUGAGAAAUGCCUUUUUUUUUUUUUUUUUUAAUGAAAGACUCAGGACUUUUUUAAAAAAAUAAAUGGACAAACUGAAUUUGUCACAGUGAUACCAAGGACAAUAGCCUUCAUAAUAAACUUCUAGGGUUGUGCUGUUAAGCAAUGGCAAAGCCAAGAGACCACCUAUUAUUCAGCCGAUUGUGUCUGCUGAGAUUCAAAGGGAAUUUUUUUUUUUUUUUUAAUCCAGGCCCAAUUGAGGACAGCAGAAUCCAGAAAAGUCUCCAUUUCAGCUCGAAGGAUACUACGACACUAUAAAAUUACAAUUACCAUUUCCACGUGUCUACUUCACUAUAAAAUUACACUGUUCUAUCCGUGGCCUCAUGCAUGAAUUUCUCAGGUGCACACCCCCCCCCCCCCGCUUGUCACCUUUGUGAGUGUAGUAACAAAAGAUUCGUAAUUUUUAUCACCUGACACAAGUGGUUUAGUGACCUUUUCAGAGCUGGUAUUCGACUCCCUGUUCCUUUCUACCAGCCUAGAAAGUUUGAAACAAGUCUUCUAGAUUGAAUGAUUAAGUACAAAGUUUCCUUCUGGUUUUGAUUUGCUACCAGGUUAAAUAAUGCAUUACAUAUUUUUGCCAUUUCAUAUUUUAGCAAUUCCCUGUACUACCAAGUGGCUUGACGCCCAACUUUAAUUAAAGAAAAAAAGAUUUUUAAAAGCUGAGGACAUUAUCAACUAGUAUUAAGUUCCAUCAUGAUAAAAGAAAUGGAUUAUGGCGUUUGUGAUGAUGGAAUGUAUAUUUCAGAAAUACUAGAUGAAAGGGAUUUGAAUGUUUUCAACACACAGCGCUAACUGUCUGAAGAGACGGACAAACCCUGAUAUCAUCAUUAUACAACAUACACGUGCAGGGAAAAGCCCUGUGUAGCCCGGCGGUAAAGCCGGGGGCCUUAAAUCCCAUCAUACAAAGAAAGAAGAGACAUCGCACGGUAUUCCAUGAACACGCACAAUUAUGGAUCACUUCAAGUUAACUAGAAAAGUACAGGACAGUGCCUACUAGAAAUUUCAUUGUGGUUUCCUUUGGAAGACAACACAACUUAGCUCUUCCGAGCCCCUGGAUGCAUUGAGGGGCAGAGACAAGGGUCUUGACUACUAAGUUACGGGAAGGUUGCUACCACUGCCCAGAACACGUGAGCACAACAUAUGCAAAGUCCACAAGGGGUACCCCCCUCUCCUGCUCAGCAGAGAACAGUUUAAACAAGCUAAAGGCCCACAGGGCAUCAGUGAUACAUUCGGAAUAGUUUGCAGAGUUGUCUGUUGAAAAAAAGCUGUGUCCCCUUCCUACAAGUUAUUUUAUAGGAGUCUCUUAGGAGUCUCACUCUGGCAUCUGUCUUAUGUCUAAGACAAAAGAACGGUAUUUUUUAUCUUGUAAAAACAUUAGGUGAUUAAGAAAAAUAUCCUUGAAAAGGUAACUUAUUCCCCACCUAUAUGCCCCCAGGGACUCUUCUCAUUUUAUAUCUUUCACAUUUUAGAUCUUCCUACUCCAGGGAAAAUGUAGAUGGGUUGCAGUGGGUAACUUUUUUCCCUUGCAAAUGUUUAUAUCCGUCUGUGAAUUCCCCAGAAGAUAUUGUGUGUGUAGUUCAUCGUCUACACACAGACAGGAAAAGGUAAUUGUAAUUUUAUAAUGCAUUGUCUGGGUAUGAUGAAAGAAUGUAUGCCUAUCCUAUGGAGGUAAAUUUCUGAAAGUUUACAACUUUACCUUGUAAAUAAAAACAAUUGUAUGUUUUUCUUUUUUUUAUGGAAAAUUCAGCUUGUGUAAUUUUGUCAGUUUCACUUUCAUUUUUUGAAUGGUGGGAAAGGUUGACAAUGCAAAUGUGUCAAAGACCUACACUGUUGGGUGCAAUAUUAAUAAUUUAAAAGUGCAAAUCAUAAAUUAUUUCUAUAUGCUGUAAAUCUGAGAUUUAAUGUAUAUUUUUGUUUAAAAAAUAAAUGCUUUAGUAAAAUA